AUUCGACUCGUGGCGUCUGCAUCAAGUCUGAAAGCAGACGCGCAACUUUCGCAGAAUCCACCUUAAAAUCUCUGCCUUAAACUGCACCAGCCCCCAAAAAAUCCAAGGGGGGAAAGCAGGCGGGGGGGAGAGCAGAUCCCCCCUCCCCCUCUCCUCUCCCAUCCCUCCUCCUUCCUCCUCCCUUUGAGUUAACAAGGCCCCGCUCACUAUAUCUCUUUAUAUUAAAUAUAUAUAUAUUAGAGAAGAGCGAGGGAGAGGGAGAACCACCUCCACCCCCUCUUUAAAUUUUUUUUUUUAAUUUUUUUGCAAGGAUCCAAAGAGCUAAGGUGGCUGCAGAGGGGAAAGCGGCGCGAGCCAAGUGGGGGAGGGUGGAGGAAACCCGGGAGAAGGCUUUCUCCAGCCCCCAAAGUUUUGAUGAUGACCAUGACUACGAUGGCUGACGGCUUGGAAGGCCAGGACUCGUCCAAAUCCGCCUUCAUGGAGUUCGGGCAGCAGCAACAGCAGCAGCAACAGCAGCAGCAGCAGCAGCAGCAACAGCAGCAGCCGCCGCCGCCACCGCCGCCGCCGCAGCCGCACUCGCAGCAGAGCUCCCCGGCCAUGGCAGGCGCGCACUACCCUCUGCACUGCCUGCACUCGGCGGCGGCGGCGGCGGCGGCCGGCUCGCACCACCACCACCACCACCAGCACCACCACCACGGCUCGCCCUACGCGUCGGGCGGAGGCAACUCCUACAACCACCGCUCGCUCGCCGCCUACCCCUACAUGAGCCACUCGCAGCACAGUCCUUACCUCCAGUCCUACCACAACAGCAGCGCAGCCGCCCAGACGCGAGGGGACGACACAGAUCAACAAAAAACUACAGUGAUUGAAAACGGGGAAAUCAGGUUCAAUGGAAAAGGGAAAAAGAUUCGGAAGCCUCGGACCAUUUAUUCCAGCCUGCAGCUCCAGGCUUUAAACCAUCGCUUUCAGCAGACUCAGUAUCUGGCCCUUCCAGAGAGAGCCGAAUUGGCAGCUUCCUUAGGACUGACACAAACACAGGUGAAGAUAUGGUUUCAGAACAAACGCUCUAAGUUUAAGAAACUGCUGAAGCAGGGCAGUAAUCCUCAUGAGAGCGACCCCCUUCAGGGAUCGGCGGCCCUGUCGCCGCGCUCGCCAGCGCUGCCUCCAGUCUGGGACGUUUCUGCCUCGGCCAAGGGUGUCAGUAUGCCCCCCAACAGCUACAUGCCUGGCUAUUCUCACUGGUACUCCUCUCCACACCAGGACACGAUGCAGAGACCACAGAUGAUGUGAGUUGUCCAAGGGAACACCCUAGGGAAACCUCUGAACAAGGAAAGGAGAAUCCGGGACCUGCUUGUAUCUGCGAAAAAGAGCCGAAGGAGCAGGCUUAGAACUCACAAGUGUGGCGAGAAGCCAAAUAGGCUUAUAUUCUCUCUCUCUCUCUCUACCCUCCUCCUUUCUUUUCACUUCUCCUUUCUUUCUUCCAUUCCUUCUUUCCUUUCCUUUUCCUUUCUACCUUUCUUUUCUUUUUUCCUUUCCACUUUUUUUCUCAUUUACUCUCUCUCUUGAGCAAUGUCAGUAAUUGAUCUUGCAUGUCAGAGAGAGAAAAAGAGUAUGUGUGAGAGAGAAACUGGUUUCUAUGCCAGCAUUCCUGAAACCCCUUACUGUAAGGAUAUUUGCCCUUACCCCAUGGGAUCCAGGCUCUGAGCUUCUUCUUCUUGGGAGUAUCCCUCAAAAUGACUUUUUUAAAAAACAGAUUUUCCCCCCACCAGAAGAAUCUGCACAAACAUGGCAGCGUUUUUACUUGUUUAAUGAGUUUAAGACAUUACAUGAUGAAAGAGAAGCAUUUCGGACUCCUGCAUUUUUAUUUACCAUUCCUAGACUGACAAGAAAAAGAAAAACUCUCACAUAACAUCCCUUCUCUAAAGAAAAAGGAAAAAGUGGCUAUAAGAUUAGAACGUUGCUACAAAGGGAAUGCUGCAUGUUUUAUCAAAAUGCAAUGACCAGGAAUGAUGGUUGAUUAAAAAAACAAACAAAACAAAAACCACUCUUUCCCCACCCCACCCCCCCAAACCCUGAACUGGAAUCAGGAAAGACGGAGGAAAUAAUCAGAAUCACCAUUCUAUUGCUUUGACACCUUUACUAAGUGAAUUGGUGGCAUUCACUAAGCUAAUAGGGACGUUUAUAUCAAGAAACAUUUCUGUAUAUAUUGUUGAAUUUUAGUUGUACAUAUACUUUGUAUGUUUUUGUCUUCUUUCAUAUAUGGAGUAAAAGCCACAAAAUGCUAA